AGAAGAAAGAAUCCCGCCCUCAUUUCAAAAACCACUCUCUCUCUCUAAAACGCACUCUCUCUCUAUACGCGCGGACCACUACAGCCCUAGAAAGUCGUCAAACAGAGAGGGAGAACAGUUAGAUAGAAGAUCGAAAUGGCGACGAACAUUGGAAUGAUGGACUCGGCUUACUUCGUCGGCAGAUCAGAGAUCUUGUCAUGGAUCAAUUCCACUCUCCAACUCAAUCUCUCCAAAGUUGAAGAGGCGUCUUCUGGUGCGGUACACUGCCAACUGAUGGAUGCGGCUCAUCCUGGAAUUGUGCCGAUGCACAAGGUCAACUUUGAUGCCAAGAACGAGUAUGAGAUGAUACAGAACUACAAGGUUCUUCAGGACGUGUUUAACAAACUCAAGAUAACCAAGCAUAUUGAGGUGAACAAGCUAGUGAAAGGGAGGGCGCUGGAUAAUCUGGAGUUCAUGCAAUGGAUGAAGCGAUACUGCGAUUCAGUUAGCAGAGGCGCUCUCCACAGUUACAAUCCUUUGGAAAGGAGAGAGGCUUGCAAAGGAGGAAAAGAUGUGGCCAAGAAAUCUGCACCAUUACCUUCAACCAAGUCUUCAACAGUUGCCCCCAGAACUCAGUCCUCCCACACUACUCGAAGAAAUGAUGUAUCUUCUGUAAGCACUACAAAUCAAUCUGCUAAGCCCCCUAAACCUUUCUCUGGUGGAGGGCCCGAGUAUGAACAACAGAUCACAGAGCUGAAGCUGUCAGUUGAUAGUCUAGAGAAAGAGAGGGACUUCUACUUUGCAAAGUUGAGGGAUGUAGAGAUCUUGUGCCAGUGUCCGGAGAUUGAAAAUAUACCAGUUGUUGAAGCAAUAAAGAGGAUACUGUACGCUACAGAUGAUACAUCAGUGGUGGCAGAAGCGCAAGCCAUGAUAUCCCAGCAUCAGGAUCAAGCAGAGCCAUUGAGUCCCAUUUCUGAGGUUCCAGAGGACAGGCCACAGGCCGAUACUCAGAAGAGAAAAAACAUUAUCAAUGUUGAUGUUGAAGCCGCUGCAAACACUACAUUGUCUCCAAGGCAAAGGAUUUCUGAUGUUUCUGAUGUCCAUUGCAGCGGAUCACCCCUUAUGACUUACUGAUCAUUUCUUCAUAUUGAAGAUGAAUGCCUUGGUUCUAGCUGGUUUACAAAACAAUUCCCUUUUACCGUCUUUCCCGUUUAUCUUUUUUACUAGUUUACAUGUCAAAACUAGUUUGACAAUAUUGUGUUGCUAAAAGGAGUGUAUCAAAUCUCUUUUCUUCAAUUUCAAUGCUGCGUUGUGGAACUUUGAGUCCGUUGGGUUUUUGAGAAUCAGCUCAUUGAUCUUAUAAGCCCAUUUGCAAUUAUAUCAGAUUUCCCUGAAGAAAAUAA